CGGGAGGCCCAGACAUAGAGAGGCGGCGAGCGUCGCUCUUACGCUGACGGAGCGGAGGCUGCGAUUCGCGGAGCGGGUUGCGCCGGCGGCGUGACGUCAGCGCCAUAGGGCGCCGUAGGGCGCUACGCCGUUUGCGUAGCUCCCCCUCCUUCCCUCCCUCCAUCUCCCUGCCUGGGAGGAAGGAGAGAGAAAAGAGGUUUAAAGAGACAACAGCAAAUGGAGGAAGUUUGGGGGCCAAGGAUGGAGGGACCCCCAUUUUGAGGAGCCCAGCGCUAUUCCUCAGUUUGGAAGUGACAACGGUCCACCGUGGGACAGGGUCUUCUCUCUGCCAUGAUGACGUCUCCAUCGUGUGACCGGUUGGAUGUCCCGACUGGAGUCCCAGCAGAUGCAGCGCGAGGGCUACCGUUCCACUAGCCUGGCUCAUGCGGGUGGAGACUCACCCCGUAUUCGCGAUGGUUUAUUGACGCCCGGGAUGGUUUAUUAACCGAGACGAUUCCUGCUUUGGGGUCUCCUCCUUGGUUCUUUUCCUCCCCUGCCCCCUAAUCCUCCCCCGCCCUCCCCAGGACCCUUCGCCCCGCCCCUUCCCUCCCCAGCCAAACGUUUCAUCCGUCUUGGGAUUUGCAUGGCAGCGGCGUAACCGUGGAGAGGCCGGGGUAUCACAAACUUAUGGAUUUUGAUAAGAGAGGAGGGAAAGGGGACAACGAGGAAGGCCGAAGGAUGUCUAAAACGGGCGGGGGACGGAGCACGCACGGGGGACGGACGGCAGGGACCAACUCAGGAGUCUUAAUGGUCGGACCCAACUUCCGAGUCGGGAAGAAGAUCGGGUGCGGGAACUUCGGGGAGCUUCGGCUAGGGAAGAACCUCUACACGAACGAAUACGUAGCAAUCAAGUUGGAACCUAUCAAAUCCAGAGCGCCUCAGCUGCACUUGGAGUACCGAUUCUACAAACAGCUUGGCAAUGCAGAAGGGAUUCCUCAGGUGUAUUACUUUGGCCCGUGUGGGAAGUACAAUGCCAUGGUCUUGGAGCUGCUGGGCCCCAGCUUGGAAGACCUCUUCGACCUCUGCGACCGGACGUUCACGCUCAAGACAGUCCUCAUGAUCGCCAUCCAACUGAUCACGCGGAUGGAGUACGUUCACACCAAAAGCCUGAUCUACCGCGACGUCAAGCCAGAGAACUUCCUGGUGGGGCGGCCCGGGAGCAAGCGCCAACACACCAUCCACAUCAUCGACUUCGGCCUGGCCAAAGAGUACAUCGACCCAGAGACCAAAAAACACAUCCCAUACCGAGAGCACAAGAGCCUGACGGGGACAGCGCGGUACAUGAGCAUCAACACGCACCUGGGGAAAGAACAAAGCCGCAGAGAUGACCUGGAAGCACUCGGUCACAUGUUCAUGUACUUCCUCCGGGGGAGCUUGCCCUGGCAAGGUCUCAAGGCGGAUACGCUGAAGGAGCGGUAUCAGAAAAUUGGGGACACCAAAAGGGCAACGCCAGUCGAAGUGCUGUGUGAAAACUUCCCCGAGGAGAUGGCGACGUACCUCCGUUACGUGCGGCGUCUGGACUUCUUUGAGAAGCCAGACUACGACUAUCUGAGGAAACUCUUCACCGACCUGUUUGACCGGAAUGGCUUCAUCUUCGAUUACGAAUACGACUGGGCCGGAAAGCCCUUACCAACCCCCAUUGGCACAAUCCAGAGCGACGUACAAGUCCAGGCUCCGAACCGGGAGAAAGCACAGCAGUACAUCAAACAGCAGCAAUCACCCGAGGGGACGGAGUUAUGGGACCCCCAGCCUGGCCAGCAGCCGGCUGAGGAAGCUCUGGGGACUCACCUGGCAACCAGCCGGCUUGGGGGUUCUGUCCAGGUCAUGAGUUCUACCAACGGGGAGCUGAACACGGACGACCCCACUGCCGGCCACUCCAACGCCCCCAUCACCGCCCCUGCCGAAGUCGAGGUGGCAGACGACACAAAGUGCUGCUGUUUCUUCAAGAGGAGGAAGAGGAAAACCAGCCAGCGCCACAAGUGAAAUGAAACUCCCCGGCAGCUGUCACGAACAGCCAGGAUCCAGUCGGGACUGCGUUAUUGUUUUCCCCUUUUACUUCCUGGCUGUGGAUAAUGGAUUUUGACUCCUCGACUGGAUGGGGAAAAGAGGCUUUUCCACCGGCUCCCUGGCAGCCCCCUUUUUCCUGGAGGGUAGAGGUCAAAGCUGCUUUGACUCGGUCGACAGACUCACCCGGACGGCGGCUUUUUCUCUGCCCUUCCUCUUGAGAGACGUAAAUGGGGUUGGGGGGUGCAUGGGUUGCCACUGGGGGGGACAUACUCUGGACUUCUUGCGGAAGGUGCCCAUGUCCUUGUGGUCACCCGGUCUGGAGCAGGGAGGGAAGCAUUAACUAUUUAUGCAGCAGUUCUCCCCGACAUGUAAGUCUCCUCUUCCUCCUCCUCUUCUCCAUUUCGUUUCGGUGAAUAGUUUCCGGAAGAAAAACAGAAAACUGGGAAUCAAGUUUACGCAUUUACAGAAGAAGCAAAGGUGAUGAUUCUAAGUGCGGCGGCUGCAAAAGAUCCCCCCCCCCCCCCCCGACACAUUUCUGUUUGUCUCUUUAAGUUAAUUUUAAUAUUGCAGCUUAGCCCUUGUGCCUAAACAGUUGGGUAGUCUCUUCUUUUCUUUUGGUUUUUUUGGGUCUCCUUUCCUCCUUUUUUUGUAGCAAUGGCAAACAUCUUGGCUUUAUUAUUAUUAUUAUUUUUCUCCUAAAAGAAUGCACCUGUGGGUCCCCUCUUGUUGGUUCCUCCUAAACCACUCUCCCCUGCCAAAUUGUGUAUGGCACCUGGUUUUUGGGAGGCAACAGUCAGAAAGUCCAGUUGGAGACAAAGGUGGCGGGGGAACGCGUGUGUGUAUGUAUGUAUGUCCGUGGGGUGGGGUGGGGUUUGGCUCAUUUACACCCUCCCGGCCCCCAAUUUCUCAAUGCACUUUUUGUAGCAAUACACGCAGCAUCUGUGUCUUGAAAUCAUCCGGUUUUAGAUUGUGUGUGUGUAUGUAUAAUGAGUAAAAUAAGACCUACUUCCAGGGAGGGGUGGGUGGGAUUGAAGGGGAGGGGGAUGAAAAUUCUCGGAUCUCAGGAACGGCUGCCAGCCAAAACAUUACCCCAAAAGCCAACUUCCACUGUUGAGGCCACUGCAACUUGGGGUGUGUGUUUGUGUGCCUGCCACAACCAAAGUGAAACCUCACAGCUAUCUGAUGAUGCCCAAGAGCAAUGCGGGACGUCGAUGGUAACUUUGGGGGACAACCCAAUGGUUUUCAACCCCUUCCCAAGCCAAUUUCCUUACAGUGUUCAACUGAAACAAACUGGGAGCAAGGAAGGCAUGAGCCUCUAUUGAGGGGAGACAAGCCCCCCCGAAAACCCUUCCAACCUCCAGGAGGCAACAACCUUCAGUGGAAACUGGCGUUAAGAAUGGAAAUGUGGGGGGAGAGUUUAGGUAAAAGUCUUAAUAAUAAUAUGGUAGAACAGACUCACUGCCUGUUCCUCACUUUCUGCCUCGGCGGGAGAAGAAGCAGGGUCACCCCUCAUUGUGGGUGAAAUGUGUAGGUGAACAUUUCUGGCCUAGUGUGGUGUUGUUUUUUUAAACCACCACCUCUAAAACAAAAAAAGUGCAGGAAAAUGGGUGUCAACCACCUUAACUCACGUUUUGAGGUCCAUCCCGU